AAGAAACCUUACAAAAACUUCGGUUUUCAUAUGCAAUUUCUUAAUACACCCACAAAGCCAUCUGCUUCGAUUUCCAACAUCCAUGGAGAACAAGAAGCAAGAGACAAAUAAUGAGCCUGCAGAAGAAGCUCUCAACUACGCAGGAAUUAAAGCCAUGCCCUUCAUCAUUGGGAAUGAGACGUUUGAGAAGCUUGGAACCGUGGGCUCUUCCACCAACCUGGCUGCUUAUCUGACAACAGUUCUCGGGAUGGAUAGUGUCAGAGCCACCAUGCUCAUCAACAUCUUUAAUGGAAGUGCUGCUCUAGCUAUUUUGGCUGGAGCUUUCCUCUCUGAUGCUUAUUUUGGACGUUACAGGACUAUGGGUUUUGCUUGUGUCACCUCUUUCUUGGGGACACUGGUGUUAACUUUAACAGCUGCAGUAUCCAAUCUGCAUCCUCCAAAAUGUGUAGCAGGAGAGAGUAACAAGUGUGUUGGACCUACAGCUUGGCAUUUUGUUCUCCUGUUAAGUGCUUCUGGCUUCCUAGUCAUUGGAGCUGGUGGUAUCAGAGCCUGCAGCCUAGGCUUUGGAGCUGAUCAAUUCAAUCCCAACACUAAAUCUGGCAAAAGGGGUAUCACUAGUUUCUUCAAUUUGUACUACCUCAACUAUACAUUCGCCGUGAUGGUAUCUCAGACUCUCAUUGUCUUUGUCCAGUCAGACGUUAGUUGGGCUGCUGGGUUGGCUAUUCCUGCAUUUUUUAUGUUCCUUUCUUGUGUUGUAUUCUUUCUGGGAAGAAAAAUUUAUGUUGUAGCGAGACCUCAAGGUAGUCCUUUAACCAGUGUGGCUCAAGUACUUGUAGCUGCUGCAAGGAAGAGAGGGCUGAAGCUUCCUAAAAAUCCAGCUUUUGCUCUUUUCAACUAUUUUCCUCCAAAGUCUGUCAACUCUAAGCUUCCUCAUACCGAUCAAUUUAGGUUUCUUGACAAGGCAGCAAUCAUUACUGUUGACGACGAAAUCAACUGGGAUGGCUCAGCUACAAAUCCAUGGAGACUUUGCAGCAUCCAACAAGUUGAGGAAGUGAAAUGCUGGGUGAGAGUAGUUCCCAUAUGGGCCUCAACCAUAAUAUCUAAUAUUCCUAUAAUCAAACAACAUACUUAUGCAAUUCGCCAAGCUCUUCAGUUGGACAGAAGUCUAGGUACUAGUGGUUUUAAGGUACCUGCGGCUGCAUAUAUAAUCAUUCCUAUGCUAACUGUCACCAUCUGGCUUCCUAUCUAUGGCCGAAUUCUAGUUCCAUAUCUUCGAAAUCUCACUGGUAAAGGAGGAGGAUUGACAUUACUCCAAAGAAUGGGGAUUGGAAAUUUUCUUUCAAUUCUUUGUACGCUGGUAGCUGGAUUGGUUGAAGAACAUAGAAAAAAGCUUGCAUUUACUAGACCAACCCUUGGAACUGCAUUAAAAGGAGGGUCUAUAUCAUCAAUGUCUGGUUUCUGGCUAGUGCCUCAGCUUGUACUUGCAGGACUAGCCGACAGUUUCAAUUUUGUUGCACAGACUGAGUUCUACUUCAAGCAAUUCCCAGAAAAUACGAGGAGCAUUGGUCGGUUUUUCUUUUUUUCCAGUGUUGCAGUCACAAAUUAUCUAAGUGGUUUCCUGGUUUCCAUAGUCCACCAUGCUACUUCAGGAACAAAAAGUGGAGACUGGUUGGCUGAGGAUCUUAACAGAGGGAAAUUGGAUUGCUUUUAUUACAUGAUUGCUGGAAUGGGGGUUCUUAACUUCAUCUACUAUCUAUUGUGUGCUAAGUGGUAUAGAUACAGAGUUGCUGAGGAAAAUCAAAUGGAUCUGAAAUCUUUCAUCCCUUCUGAUUUAUAAAUUGAUAAGCACUUAGAUGUACCAAGAACCCAAAAAGAAUUAAAGGAAAAAGAGGAGGAGAUCAAGCUUGUUGAUAUGAAAGUAGAUCUCCGACAUGAUAUUGUUCGCUUAAUAUCCCUUAGGGUAUAGAUCUAUAAAAUAAAAGAGACAACACUCAAUGGU